AUGGCAACGUACUUUCAUAAUAAUUCAGAAAUUCAAGGAGGUUCAGCUGACGGCCUUCAAACUCUCAUAUUCAUGAACCCAUCAGGCUACAUCAAUUACUCCGACACGCCGCCGCAACAAUCGCAACAUGCCGGAAACCUCGUAUUCCUCAACUCAGCCGCCAACACCUCAAUUCAUCAACAGAAUCUCUCUCACGCGCCACCACAAUUCGUGGGGGUCCCACUCACGGCAGAGCAAUCAGUACAAGCCCAUCACGACAUAUCCGCCUUGCAUGGCUUCCCACCGCGCAUGCAGUACAACAUGUGGAACGCGGCGGAUCCAAAUUCAGCGGCGCGUGAGUCCACACGCGCUACUCAGGGACUGUCUUUGAGCUUGCACGCUCAGGGGUCGGGCGAGGAGGCGCGUGUUUCUAAUGGUGGGUCGUGUUCCUCUGCUUCGAACGGUGUUUCGGGGAUUCAGAGUGUGUUGUUGAGUUCGAAAUAUUUGAAGGCAACACAGGAAUUACUUGAUGAGGUUGUUAAUGUUAAUGGUGGAAUAAAGGUUGAAAUUUCGAAGAAGAGUUUUGAGAAAAAUAAGGUUGUUGGUGAAUCAUCAACUGGUGUUAGUGGAGAUGGUGGUUCUGUUGGUGGUGAUGGAAGUGGGAAGCGUAGCUCUGAGUUAUCAACAACUGAGAGACAAGAAAUUCAGAUGAAGAAAGCCAAGCUAAUUAACAUGCUUGAUGAGGUGGAGCAAAGGUACAGACAAUAUCACAACCAAAUGCAGAUGGUAAUUUCCUCAUUUGAGCAAGUUGCAGGGAUUGGCUCAGCAAGAACCUACACUGCACUUGCACUACAAACAAUAUCCAAGCAAUUUCGUUGCUUAAAAGAUGCAAUUACUGGCCAAAUUAGAACAGCAAAUAAGAGCUUAGGUGAAGAUGAUAGCUUUGGAGGCAAAAUUGAAGGGUCAAGGCUUAAAUAUGUUGAUCAUCAUCUAAGGCAACAAAGAGCAAUUCAACAAUUAGGAAUGAUCCAUCAUAAUGCUUGGAGACCUCAAAGAGGAUUGCCUGAAAGAUCCGUUUCGGUUCUUCGGGCGUGGCUUUUUGAACACUUCCUUCACCCGUAUCCCAAGGAUUCAGACAAACAAAUGCUUGCAAAACAAACAGGGCUUACUAGGAGCCAGGUUUCAAAUUGGUUCAUAAAUGCAAGAGUUAGACUUUGGAAGCCAAUGGUGGAAGAAAUGUACAUGGAAGAAAUGAAGGAGCAAGAGUUGAAUGGUUCAGAGGACAACAAAUCAAACAAGAGUACUGAAGAAGACCCUUCAACAAAAACAACACAAGACAGAGUUCCAACCUCAGAAACAGAAUCUAAAAGAAGUUUCAAUUCCAAACAAGACAUAACCACCAAGAACCAAAACAUUAAUCCUAUAGUUUCAAUUGCAACACCAACAACAUCACCAAUUGGUAACAACAAUGUUAGAAACAAUUCGUCCUCAGGAUUUAGCUUCAUCGGUUCAUCGUCGGAACUCGAUGGAAUAACAACAACACAAGGAAGUCCAAAGAGAACAAGGAACCAUGAAAUUCUUCAAUCUCAUCAUAAUAAUGUUUUGAAGUCAUCCAAUGAAACAACAAAUAAUGGACAACAAAUUGUUUCAAUGAAAUUUGUUGGUGGUGGUGAUGAAAGAGAAAGUAGAGAUGGUUAUUGUUUCAUGGGGAACCAAACUAAUUUCAUUGCUGGUUUUGGUCAAUACCCAAUGGAAGAAAUUGGAAGAUUUGAUGAAGAAAAUUUUACACCAAGGUUUUCAGGUAAUAAUAAUAAUAAUGGUGUUUCACUCACUCUUGGUCUUCCACAUCAAAGUUUUAUGCCAAAUGAGAAUAUUCAAUUAGGAAGGAGAUUGGAGAUUAGUGAAAAUAAUGAGUUUGGUGCUUUAAACAAUUCAAAUUCUCACUCUUCAGCUGCAUUUGAGAGUAUCAACAUGCAGAAUCCAAAGAGGUUUGCUGCACAAUUGUUGCCUGAUUUUGUGGCAUAAAUAAUAAGACAUAUUGAAGGGAGAGAUAGUUGAUAUUGCAUUGGAAAAUGGAUUCUCUGCGAUAAUUGUAUCACGCAGUUUUUAAUCUCGACUGUCUGAUUUAAAUCAAUGAUAGAGAUUGUGAUCUGAGUCUUCUGAUAUCAAAUCAUUGACAAGGGUUGAUUAUGUUGUGAAUGAGAAUCUGGGUCGUUGAUUCUAUUUCUCAAUUGAUUUCUUCAAAUCUUUGUGUUUAUCAUGGGGAGUAGUUAAGUGUUGUAGUGUAAAGAAUGAAGGAAUUUUAUUAUUCUAGUAUAUAGGUUUAUUAUUAUACCUUGCAUAGAACCAUUUGAGUUCUUAGAUAGCGUAGGGAUUUGAAAGUAUAUGGUUGAGGUUGUAUAUUAUUUUUGUAAGUUUUGAAGGUGGGAUAUAUAGAUGGGGGUUUAUAUCAUAAAGUUUCAAUUGGUAAAGAUAAUAACAAUAUAUCUUUGGUUGAGAGUAUAUGUUUUAUGGUA